UCUAUUCUGACAUACAUUAUGUGACAUACAAUAUUUUAGUAUUGAAAAUAUAUUUCACAUGAGAAAUUAGGUAUGUAAAGACAGUUUUCAUUGGGUAUUAUUUCAUACACAUUUAAAUAGUGCAGUGACGUAAGCAUUUUUCACAUUUUUGGAAACCUUGAUUACUAGUCUGGCAGUUGUCGCCAACUACACAACAUGUUCGUCACUGACGUCCAACACGGGUUAAGAAUCUGAAAAUAUGUUAUCUUCAUCUUGCUCCUCCUGUUGUUGGACAUGUUAAUUGACAUCAUCGUCUCCUGUCUACAUGCCAAUACUGAUGGGGAUCUUCUCUCUGCUGUUCAAGCUCAGUUCACUUGUCUCAGGCAUCUAACAUUGUAAGAUUACUGCACUUUUAACACCACCAUACAUAUUUAAAAUAGCUGUGGAUAUUGUUUGAACAUAAAGUACAGACAUCUAGGUAGUGCAUACUGCUUUUCAGCCUCACGUGUUCAAGCCUACAUAUUUAAAACUGAAACAUGCUGUUUGAGCAAAAAUAGUUUAUUUAGUGUUGUCUCUAAAGAGAAUUUAGUUAUCAACAUAUUUCCUCCCUUUGAAGGAUCUGUAAACUUGCUCCCUCUGCUGGUGAAUUAUUUGAAUGCAGGUCAAACAAACAGCUAAGAACUCCAUCUGAUGUGUUAACGCAAUAACAUGUGAUAACCUUGUUGCAAUUGGUGGUUUUGUCAUAAAAGCUUCCAUUCAGAGAGCAGUCACAAGCCUGAGUCUGGUCCAAAUGUGCAUGUAAGUGGUCCCACAACUGCUGAUCUCUGUUGCUCUAUGUGACAUCAGCCCUCUGUCUAUUGGCUGCUGACUGUCAGGCCAUCCUCUUCACUGCAUCAACACCUCGGUGUUAGUCACACAGCCAGUCCGAGCUCGGACACCACAGUGGUCAGACACUUUCAGCUCUGCUAUUGCACACCACAGAGGAGUUCUUUACUAAUAAGCUAAUUUUCAGGGGAUCUGAGGUCCCAAUUUAGUCAAUUCAGAAUGAAUCAGAUACACAAUGUUACCCACCCAUACGUUUUGCACACUUAUACAAAGAAAAAUCCCAUGUUCUGCAAUUAGAUGCAAAUUCCACUAUGCUCAUGUAAAGCUAGAUGCCGCUAUUUUUCACAUUUAUAGACCAAUAUGGAACUUUGAUGUCGACUUGUUUUCGUGUUGCGAUGAAUUGUAGGCCUAACUGCGCACUUUUGGUGACGAUCAUUUCUCUUGUAUUAAAACACAACAGGAGGGAUUUCUGCUGUUGUCUCAUUUCACUUGUCAUUCCACUUUAAAUCUUAAUCCAAAAACAUCCCUCAGAAGUCCCCCCUCCUUUCAAAUCACUGUUUCUCUAAUCCUAAUUUGCACACAAGAAGGUUGCUAAAGGGCUGCCUGCGCCAAAGGAAAGGGUCCUAAGGGUCAGACGGGGUUAUUGGGGAAUAACCCUGCAUGCAGUGUUAGGUAGGGACCGUCUGGAUUAGUGAUGCAAAUAUCCCAUAUCUGAUCAAUGGCUAGGCCUUCUCUCUCAAUCUCUCUUUUAUUUUCUGUUAGGGAUCAUCACUCGGAGAAAUUAUCUCUUUUUAUAUCUACGGGCGUCAGGAUGGCAAUAUGACAGGAAAACGGGAUACUGCUAACAGGUCAGUGAAUAAUUUCCUGAUGACUGGACCCAAGGCGUACCUGAUCUACUCCAGCAGUGUGGCAGCAGGAGCUCAGAGUGGCAUAGAGGAGUGCAAAUACCAGUUUGCAUGGGACCGCUGGAACUGCCCCGAGAGAGCUCUGCAGCUGUCCACCCACAGCAGCCUGCGCAGCGCAAAUCGGGAGACAGCGUUUGUCCAUGCCAUCAGCUCGGCCGGAGUCAUGUACACUUUGACCAGGAACUGCAGCCUCGGAGACUUUGACAACUGUGGCUGCGACGACAGCAGGAACGGACAACGAGGCGGUCAUGGUUGGCUCUGGGGCGGCUGCAGUGACAAUGUUGGCUUUGGCGAGGCCAUCUCCAAACAGUUUGUGGAUGCGUUGGAGACUGGGCAGGACUCACGGGCAGCGAUGAAUCUCCAUAACAACGAGGCCGGGCGCAAGGCUGUGAAGGGGACCAUGCAGAAGACAUGUAAGUGUCACGGGGUGUCGGGAAGCUGCACCACCCAGACCUGCUGGCUGCAGCUGCCAGAGUUCAGGGAGGUGGGGAACUACCUGAAGGAGAAGUACCACAGGGCUCUGAAGGUGGAUCUCCUCCGAGGAGCCGGGAACAGCGCGGCCAGCCGAGGGGCCGUCACAGAGACCUUCAGCUCCAUCUCUCGAAAGGAGCUGGUCCACCUCGAAGACUCCCCCGAUUACUGCCUGGAAAACCACACUUUGGGCUUGCCGGGCACAGAGGGCCGCGAGUGCCUCAAGAAGGGCAAGAACUUGAGCAAGUGGGAGAAGCGCAGCUGCAAGAGGCUCUGCGGAGAGUGCGGUCUGGCUGUGGAGGAACGCAAAGCGGAGAUGGUGUCAAGCUGUAAUUGUAAAUUCCACUGGUGUUGCGCAGUGAAGUGUGAGCAGUGCAGAAAGACAGUGACUAAAUACUUCUGUGUGAAGAAAGGAGGUCAGAGGGGAAGGAACGAGAGUGCCGGGAGCCGCCGGAAGAACCUCAGACUGAGGAAGAAGCACUGAGCACCCUUAUCACUUGUGUCAUAAUAUGUAUGUCACUGCAGACUCUCUGUGCAUGUUCAGAUAGUGUGUGUUUGGACAAAAGCUUAGCAAAAAAUACAAUUUCAGACCAUCUUCAUUGUCUUUUUUUCUAUUAAAAGUUAAAGAUUGUGGGAUGUGCACAAAGUUACAUGGUAGAGAAGUUUACAACUUUGUAGAGUUUUGGUAUAAAUGUAUUUAAGAUAUAUUUUUUAUACUUUUUACAACAUUAUCAAAAGUCACUGGGCAUUUGAAGAGCAUACUUCUGACUGCCACAUUUGCCACAACAUGAUUUAUUUAUUUUCAUACGUACACAUGAGCCUUGGGAAACAUUUGAACAGUUGAUCAGUGGAUGAUAUGAUUGUUUAACAAUGGCAUAAUCAGCUUUUGAAAACACAAUUUUCAAGAACCCGUCAGGAUGUAAUCCCAUGAAUGCCUAAUACUGUUAGCCUAGCAGUAAUAUUCGUAUAUUUCAACUAUCAUAGCCAAUCUUUACAUUUAUUCAGGAACAUUUAGACAUUUCUUUCGGAAAGUCUGGCCCGCCCUGACCUUUGCUGCCCUCUUGAUGUAUUUAAUUGUAUAUAAAAUGAAGCACUUUGUACUGUACAUUGUUAAUUUAUUGCACAGCAUUUCCUAGUUUUGCUUUAUUGUUAGUUACCUUCAUGGUUUGUUUUCUAUUAAAAUGUAAUAAAAGA